AUGAGACGUUUGAAAAAAAAACCUUGUGACAGUUGACUAUUCGGGGUGGUUGGUGUUAACCUUCAUAGCUGGUAUGUAACAGCGGAUCUGAGAUAAAUUCGGAGGUCAGAUAUCAGAAACUUAAAAUGUAAUGACAGAGCUGAUGAUGACCUCAGGACAACACCUUUGACCUCUGACAUUUGUACUCUGGCCCUGUACAUUGGCAGCCAUGUGUCUGUUGUUUCUGUACGUUUGUGACACUGCUGCUGAUGAUGGCUACAGGUUGAUUCUGGCCGACAAUCGAGAUGAAUUCUGGGACAGACCUACAAAUUUAGCAGAGUUUUGGGGGCCCAAGGGAGAGAUCCUCAGUGGUGUUGACAUGGAACCAGGAAGGGAAGGAGGUACUUGGCUUGGUGUUUCAAGGGACGGCAAGAUAGGAGUUCUGCUCAACAUACUGGAGAUACUGCAACCCAACAAACGUGGCAGAGGUUCACUUAUCACAGACUACCUGACAGAAGGACUAACCAAUGAUCAGUAUGUUACACAGAAGAUUCUUCCUAUCCACCAGGAAUACAACAAAUUUAAUUUAAUUCUUGUGGACCUCAGAUUCAGCUUGUCUACUUACAGAUCUAACUCCACACCACUUACCUAUUACAACAACAAAACAAACACAGCAAGGGACCUUCCCAAUGGUGUGUACAGCUAUGACAACUCCACAGUGGACGAACCUUGGCAGAAGUCUGUCCAUGGCCAAGCUGCCUUCACCAAGGCUGUCCAAGACCACGGCCGGAAAACCGACAAGGACCAGUUAAUUCAGUCUCUCCUCGACAUUCUGUGUGACAACACUCGUUUUCCAGAUGACAAACAGUUACUGAAACAAGCUAGUAUGUCUAAUACACCCGAUGAUAUCCGCCUUGAGAGGAGUGCAGCAUUUGUGUGGUCACCUUCUAUAAGAUACGGAACAAGAACCAACACUAUUGUACUUGUGGAUAAGUUUGGAGAAUGUGAGUACAUCGAACGGACUUUUAAAAUUCCAGUGGAUCCAGAAAACCUUGACAGCCAAACAAAAUCAUACAGGUUUCAGAUGCAGUCUGGCAACAAGCUUUAAUACUAUCAUGUCUUUUGUGUCAAUAUCCAUUCCUCAAUGUUAAGUUGUUAAUUUGAUCCAAAAACCUUGUUUAGAAAAUUAUAUAUAUAAGAAGUUCAGAGAAAAGUAGUUGUAUCAGUUUUAGUUACUGUUUAUUUAUUUGUUUGCUGUGUUAAUAACCCCAUGAACAGCCAGGGUCAUUUUGAGGCGGAGUCUCCUUGUAGUAGUUGGUGAUUACCUCACUGAACAACAAGCAGGAGGCUGUGCAUGCCAUCAUGGCCGGCGCUCUUACCGACUGAGCUAUUGAAGUCCUUUGUUUUAGUUACUGAGUUCAAUUUGUUAGUGUUUUCUUUUUUUUUGAUAGUGUUAAUGGUUGGGUACAUUUUGAGUGCAAGUUAUUUUACUGUUCAGAAACAUAGAAGUCCUGAAUAAUAUGUGCAUUGAAACUAUAGACUACCCAGAAAGUGAAUACCUGUAUUGUUCCGAAAUAGUUUAAUUUUGAUACUUCAAUACACUUAAAUAUGUUUACCCUGAAAUUAAGGAGCUUUCAGUAAUGUUUUAAGUGUUGUGAUGGCAGACUGAUGUUUGUGAUGUUUUCUUGUUGGGAUAUCUCUCCUCAAAAGCUUUUUAUGUUUUUCUGUAGAUAUAUUAAUUAUAUGCCAAAUAAUACAUGAACACUACAUUAUUUCUAGUCAUUCUGUUCAAUAAAUUUGAAUUAAAUUUAAUUUAAUUUAAUGCAUAUUCAGAAUGAUAUUAUGGCAUUUGAACUUUAAUAUAUUUUUUUACUUUCUUAUAUGUUAUUCAAUUUUACACAACCAACAUAGUUGCAAACUUACUAUUAUUUCCAUUAUGAUUAAAAAAAACAACAGAGUAAGCUUAUAUAUCUAUUUCUAUCCUAUAAUAUACCAGAUAUAUUUUGAUUUUAGUAUUGUUAUGUAACAAUAUAGGAAAGGUUGAAAUCAAUAAAGAUGAAUGAUUUUGAAUAUUUAUGUUAUGUUCACAGAUGUGUUCCAUAUUAAACACAUCUUAAUGUAUUUCACAAGAUUGGAGUUGUCAAAAAAAAUAUUGUUAGGGGAUAAGAAACGUACUAAGGUAGGAAAAAGGUGAAGGCCAUAGCAAGGGCCAAGCCAAUGCCGAUGGUCAAAUUUGAUAUCACUUACUCUAUUGGGAAUCCUACGUCUUGCCAAGGGAAGUAAAUCUAUGUUAUUUUACAUAAGACAUGACAGUAUCUUAUGUGUGUAACCCACCAUUAUGAUUAUAGUGUAAAUGUUGUGAUUUCAUUAACUUUAAUUGAAAUUUUCAGAAUACAAAGCAACUAUUUUAAUUGUUUUUCAUUUAAGAUUAGUUUGAAUUUUGAUGCAUUGAUCAGAUACUUAGAUUUUCAAUUUUUUAGGUCACCUGAGACAAAGUCUCAAGUGACCUAUUCUAAUCGCCUUUUGUCCGUCGUUGUGUGUCGUGCGUCCGUAAACAAUUUACAUU